AUGACGAUCGAACAUGAUUUCAAUAGUGAAGACAUUCUAUUUCCCAUAGAAAGCAUGAGCAGCAUGCAACGCACGGAAAAUAAUGCCUCGAAUAACAUCAAUAGCGAUAUUAUUCCGUAUUCUCUAGAUAUUAAAAACUCUGUCUUUGAUGGUACAGAUAUCAGUAACAUCCAAAACCAAGAAGCUCCAUUAACAUUUGGGCUUCCCCCAUUGUCUUUCGAUUCUCCACUACCUAUAGCGGAUACGAUACCCUCUACUACCGACAAUAGCUUACAUUUAAAAGCUAAAAGUAACAAAUAUUGUAGUACAAGAACUCAUAAAGAUGACAAUGAAGAUAGCAACACUGAUAACACUGAUAUCUCUGGGACAAACCAAUAUACAACCCUUACAUCUUCAUAUCCUAUGAACGAUAUUUUGUACAACAUGAACAAUCCAAUGCAAUCACCUUCGCCUUCAUCGGUCCCUCAAAAUCAGGUCACAAAUCUCCCCAUGAAUACAAUCAGCAACGAUAUUAGUUUAUCACCCCAAACCUCUAAUGGUAAUGAAACUCUCAUAUGCCCUCGAGCUCAACAAAAGACGACUAAUGAUGAUCAUCUAUCCUUCGCUAAUGCUCCUAAUCCGAAUUCUUUCAUUGACACUAAUCCAAACAACUUGAACGAAAGAUUAAGAAACCAACUGAACUCAAAUACAAAUUCAUAUUCUAACUCUAUUUCAAAUUCCAAUUCUAAUUCUGCAGGAAAUUUAAAUUCCAGUUAUUUCAAUUCAUUGAACAUAGAUUCCAUGUUAGAUGAUUACGUAUCGAGUGACCUUUUAUUGAAUGAUGAUGAUGAUGAUACUAAUUUGUCACGUCGAAGGUUUAGUGAUGUUAUAACAAACCAAUUUCCAUCAAUCACAAAUUCGAGGAAUUCCAUUUCUCAUUCGUUGGACCUUUGGAACCAUCCAAAAAUCAAUUCAAACAAUAGAAAUACGAACCUUAAUAUCACCUCCAAUUCUAACUCAAGUUCCAAUGCAAGUCCGAACACCACUACUAUGAACACCAAUACAAAUUUAAACAUUACAGGGAAUCCAAACAACAAUGAAGCUACUAUAGACAAUGAACUGACACAAAUUCUCAAUGAAUAUAAUAUGAAUUUUAACGACAGUAUGGGUGCCGCCACUUCUUUAAAAAACAACCCUGCUUGUCAAAAUUCUUUCGAUGCUAAUAGCAUGACAAAGAUAAAUCCAAGUCAACAACUGCAACAACAAUUAAACCGAUUUCAACACAAACAACCAACAUCAUCACAUAAUAACAGUAGCACCAGUAUGAAAUCUUCCAACAGUGAUCUAUAUUCAAGAAGGCAAAGAGCUUCCUUACCAAUCAUCGAUGACUCACUAAGUUAUGACUUGGUUAAUAGACAAAAUGAAGACGCCAAAAAGGAUAUGCUGCCGAAUGAAAACUCAACUUCAUCGCAACAAUUUAUCAAACCUUCAAUGAUUCUUUCGGACAAUGCAUCUGUUAUUGCAAAAGUGGUGACUACAGGCAUGACUAGCGAUAUGUCAUUUUUGACCGAAGAAGGUGAGCAGAAUUCAAAUACUACUCCCAAUUUUGAUCUUUCCAUGUCGCAAAUGAACAUGGCUCCAUUAUCACCGGCAUCAUCAUCCUCCACUUCUCUUACAACAAAUAACUUCUACCAUCAUUUCCCGCAACAGAACCACCACACCAUGAACUCGAAAAUCGGGUCCUCUCUCCGGAGGCGGAAAUCUGCCGUACCUUUGAUGGGUACAGUGUCACUUACGAAUCAACAAAAUAAUAUAAGCAGUACCAGCGUUAAUUCAAAUGGUAAUGGUGCUGGUGUAACGAAGGAAAGGAGGCCAAGCUACAGAAGGAAAUCGAUGACGCCGUCCAGGAGAUCAAGUGUCGUCAUGGAAUCAACAAAGGAACUUGAAGAGAAACCGUUCCACUGCCAUAUAUGUCCCAAGAGCUUUAAACGAAGUGAGCAUUUGAAGAGACACGUUAGAUCUGUUCACUCCAACGAACGGCCAUUUGCUUGCCAUAUAUGUGAGAAGAAGUUUAGUAGGAGCGAUAAUUUAUCGCAACAUAUCAAGACCCACAAAAAACAUGGAGACAUCUAA